AUUAAAAGAAGGUUUGAAUAUAAAUUGAGUUUCAAAGGUCCACAUCUGGUACUCAAAGAUGGUACUGUUCCAUUCUGGGACCACUACGGCAGUGCGAUCGCCAGCGCUGAUUCCAUUCGAAUAACACCAUCGUUAAAAAGCAAAAAGGGUUCAAUUUGGGGCAAAGAAAAAGUGACGGCUGAAGAUUGGGAAGUGGAUGUUAAGUUUACUGUCACUGGUAGAGGAAGACUGGGAGCUGAUGGACUAGCUGUGUGGUACACAACUGAAAGAGGAAUUGAAGGCCCUGUCUUUGGUAGCAAAGAUCAGUGGAAUGGUCUUGGUGUGUUUUUAGAUUCUUUUGACAAUGAUGGUCAACAUAAUAAUCCUUAUAUAAUGGCAAUGUUAAACGAUGGAAAACAAACAUAUGAUCAUGAUGCUGAUGGCUCAAAUCAACAACUUGGAGGAUGUUUAAGAGAUUUCAGAAACAAAAAUAAACCAGUGAAAAUUAAAAUUGAAUAUUUCAAAAAAGUUUUGACCAUUUCAUUUCACAGUGGCAUGUCAGACAACGAAGAAGACUAUGAUUUGUGCACCAGAAUUGAAAAUGUCAAUUUGCCUCCCAAUGGAUAUUUUGGAGUUUCAGCAGCUACUGGUGGCUUGGCUGAUGAUCACGAUGUUUUAUCAUUUAGCACUUACAGUCUUCAACUUCAGACUGAAGUUGGCACAAAAAUGGAAAUGCCUGAACUAGAAAAAGAAAAAAUAGAAAAAGAAUUUCAAGAGUAUAAAGAAAAGUUGGAAAAAGCUAGAGAAGACUUCAAGAAAGAAAAUCCUAAGGCAAAAUUAGAUUUGGAUGUUGAUGAAGAUAAAAUUUAUGAAAGUCCUGAAGUCAGAUCACUGAGACAAAUAUUUGAAGGGCAGAGUGAAAUUAGUCAAUUCAUCAAAUCAUCAUUGAGAAAGUUGGAUGAAAUUGUUGGUAGACAGGAAAGGCAGUUGUCCUUGUUAACUAGUAUCAGUCAGUCAAGACAGCAAGCAGGCCAGUCUUCAUCUCCUGGCAGCACCAUUGACAAAAAAGAAUUCAACCAAAUUGUUGAUGCUCAGAAGGCAGCUACAGAGGGAAUUAAAGAUUUAAGACAAGUUGUCAAUGACAUCAACACAAAAUUUAAUGGACUUAAAAUACCAGAUCAACAUCAGUUUACCAAAGAACUUGCUAACCACUUUGGAAUGAUGUUGAACGAGUUUAGAUCUCUUUCGAAUAAAGUAAAUGACAUUUCAUCGAACAUUGCCAACAGCCCAUCUAUCAGUGUUUAUCAUUUAGGUUUUUUUCUCUUCAUUCAUCUACUCACCAUACUUGGUUACUUCAUUUAUAAGGCAAAAAAAGAAGCUGCUGCUAAAAAGUUUUAU